AUGGGAGCUUCUUUGCGUAUCACCAAGGCGUCUCUGCCCUUUGCUGAGUACAUAUGUGGGGUACCUGACGGGGCACCUGGGUGUGCAUCUGGGAGGGCACCUGGAGAGUACAAGCUACCUGCGUACAUCCAAACGGGCAUGAGGUACGACUUGAGGUUGUUGCUCAAGACCAAGGUAUCCUCCUCCCAGCAAGCACAGAUCCCACCAGAGGACGAGAAUGCCAUCAGCAACGUGCCAAUCUCCAGCCCAUGGCCUUCCCAUCGUGACUAUACCUGUGUUGUGCAUUUCCUUGGAAGGUACGACUUGAGCCUACUGCUCAAGACCCAGGCCCAGCAGGAGCAGAUCGCUCCAGAGGACGAGUAUGCCCUCAGCAACGUGAGGAUUACCUGCCCCACGGCCUUCCCCAUAGAUGCUCUCCUGCGCUGCAUGUCGCAGAACCAGUCCCAAGCUGCGGCCCUUACCCAUGAGUUUGCUCUACUGCAGGGCCCCCAAGGAACCGGCAAGACGUUCGUGAAGAUAAAGCUGGUGGAGAUUCUGCUGAGCAAUGCGUUCAAGAGCAGCGCUAAGGGGCAUGUGUCUCGAGGCAGGGAGGCGGGCAGUGCCAUGGGUCCCAUCCUGUGCGUGUGCUUCACCAACCACGCCCUGGAUGAGUUCCUAGAGGGCAUCAUUGCUAGCGGCAUCAAGAAGGUGGUGCGAGUGGGAAAAAGGUGCAAGUCGGAGGUACUGCAGGGGCAAAAUCUCCUCAACAUCAUUCGCACCUCCAAUGUGGAUCGCAGCCAAGCGUACAAGCACUCGACCUAUGAGGUGCACAGCACGCUGGGCGAGGUGGAGGAGGUGAUAGCCACGUACAGCGACGCGCUGCAGCAGCGCAGCGCCAACAUAGCGGCUGUCACGUGGCGCUCCAUCGCUGCGCACCUCAUGGCCAACCACCUCGUUUUCUUCCACGCGCUGCACCCCACCACCACAGCAGACAGCGACGGGUUUUAG